UAGGAAAAGGCGAAUAAAAAAGCGUGUUUCAUAGAAAAAUUGUUAUCGUAAAAGUAAAGUUCAGAACGUAAUCUUCCGUUCAAUCGGAUGAGUGUGACUUAUAACAACGUUGGGUAAAUUUUCUCUAAUACUAUUGGAUACACACGUAUGCUGCAGCGUGCAUUGUGCCACCUUGGUACUACUUGAGAAACAACGGAACAUUAAUUGGUGUUUUAAUAGUGUGUAUUCCUGCCGGCCGCAUUCGCUUGACGCGUUUGAAAGAUUCCAUAGUAACUAAAGCGACGUAAUUCAGUAUUUUUGGUCAAAUUACGGGGAGUAUUACAGGUAUUGUCACGGAUUGAAACGCAACACUAAAAGAGAAUCAAAACGCGAAGAAACAGUGUACCAAACAACUAUACAUAGUGACAAAACUGUUUGUUUUUGCUAAUGAAGAUUUUUUGGCAGUAUGAGCACAUUGGGGGGAACUAGGGGGGAGCGUAAUGCCAAGCCCAAAUUUGCAGCUUUAGACAUCAAUAAGCUCUACAUAACCAGCCGAGGCGAAUCUUUAGAACCAUCGUCCCAGAAAAGCGCUGCGCCACGAAAGCAUGGCAUGCAAAGCUUGGGAAAGGUGCCCACCGCUCGUCGUCCACCGGCAAAUCUUCCAUCCUUGAAGGCUGAAGUUGGUAAUCCUGGUGAACAAUGUGGUAGUUGGACUAGCGAUUGUAACGACGGACAAAAUCUCAUCAAGAGCUCAAGCGAUUUAACAGAAAAGAUCACAGUUUCUCCAAACCCAUCAAUUUCUAACAGCAACAUUCAGCAUCAAACAUCGUCGCUGAAUAAUUUGAAACCUUCCGAAUCAUCAUGGAAUACGAACGAGUUCCCUUCCCUGGACGGCAGUGGUCCGUAUGGCGGAAAUAUCAACAGCAAAUCUCAACUAUUCCAAGAUCACUACCCAGGAAGUUCUCAGUCGGGUUUAAGGCACCAAAACGACACAGUGUGUCGUACUCAACAAAAAGGUUCGAGUGGUCGAGGAACUAUUUCCAAUAUCGCAACAGAGAACAUCGAUGGUGGAAACAAUGUAGGCGGAUCGAACAAUUGUCAAGGCACGACGGCGUCUUCCCAAUCACCACCGUUGCCCCCACAGUUCAGGGCCCUUUUACCACCGUUUAUGCAACGAGGAAGCGACAGUGGUUUGACAGGAAACGAAAGCGAAGGAGGAAUUGCUUCACUGCCCGCUUUGUCAUCAGUUUCGUCAUCAGGAAUGGUCAUUGAUUCCAAAAACAAUAAUAAUGUACUCGGCGCCAACAACAUCAACAUCCUGGACAACAGUAAGAUGAGUAACAACAGUGGUAACGGUGGCACCAGCAAAAAAAAUGGUAACAAUGAGGGUACUGGUAACAGCAGUAGUAGUUUGGGUAACGCAACGGCGACUGUAACAAAAAAUUCAAAUCAGUUUCCGCUUAAGCAGUCAUCAGGUUUGACGAUGCAUUCUCAGCAAAAUGCUCGUAUUGGUAGUGGAAACUAUUUUUCUUCAAUGCCUUCAGCUAAAGGGGGGCGAGUGGCUCGUGGAGUGAGCAGUGCAAGCAGCAAUGCUGUUAGAGAAGGAAGCGCUGAAAGGACCGGUUAUAAUGAUAAUUAUCAGCAUGCAAACCGUCGUGGAGGUAUAAAUCAACAGCCUCGAUAUGCUAAUCGUAGCACGACAGGUGGAAAUGUUGGUAGUUACAACAGUUCAGCUGGUUAUGUGCGAAGUAGCGGAACUGGAAAUGUAGUGUCUGGUGAUGCUGGUAGUCCUGGUGGAUUCCCUGAUGAUAAUCGUAAUGUACAUCCACCAUACGGCUCAGGCGUUCUUGCGGAGCAAGAGGUUGUGGUACGACCAAUUAUACGCGAUGAAGAAUUACAAAGAUUGGAAGCAAUCGCUAAAGAUGAAGGAUGGGCAAAGGAUUACGAGUUUGAUUAUAAUCAGAAAUUAGAAUUUUCUGAUGACGAAUCAGAGUUAAACUCUUCGUCAGUUGCUAUAAAAGAAAAAGAUACCACCUUGGGGGCUUCGGACAAAAAUACUACGGGAGUAGAUGAGAAAGUAGUUGAUACUACGGAUAAACAUGUUCGUACCCAGGAGAAUGUUGGCGAAGCUUACAGAGAUCGAGCUCUAAACCAAGUUCAAGAAGCCAAUUUAAUACAAGCAAACGGCAAUAACGGUAUGCGUGGAAUUGGUGCGGAAGGCGGUGUUAUCAAUGUGAACAUUGUCGCAGGAGGCUUAGAUGCAGCAGAAGCAAAGGAGCGUAUAAAGCAGCGACGGGAAGAAGAUCAAAAGCGUGAAAUCGAACGUAAGCAGGCAGCUGCUAGAAAAUUGCAAGAACUGGAGGAGAAACUUAGUCGGAAAAAGAACGACGAAUCAUUGGAAGGAAGGCCCGGUAAUAUUGAUAAAAAUAUCUGUGGCGGUAUGAACGUAUCUAUAUCUUCUACUGGCAAUGUCGUCACCCCUUUGCUUGGUACUAGAAUGGAAGAAGAGAAAACCAUUGAAAGUGCAGUUGAACACUCCAGCGAACGUAUAAUAUCUAUAAAAAUUCGAGGAAAAAGUGGUGAACGUGCAAAUGUGAAAGAAAUACGGUACGAAUUUGGAACUGGUGGAGCACGACAUGAUCGCGAAGCAGGAAACCUCAGUGGAAGCACUGGUGCUAAUUGGGAUAUGCCAGGAUUUUCCAAAACCUUUCAAUCAAAUUUGCCUCCAAGGUUCCAGAAGCGUAAACUUGAACGAAACACAUCUGGUACAAAUGUAUCAACGACGAAUAAUACGACUAAUAAUCCAACUCUAUCGCGAAAUACUAACAGUUACUCGUCUGGAAGCACUGGUACUCCAGUAACGAAUUCUGGCAUUGAAACUAAAAGUACUAUUCCGUUUGCGCAACAAUAUGAUCCACGAUUCAUUCAUAACCAACAAACAUACGGGCGCGGCGUUGCCGCAAACGCAAUGUCAAGUUCGCGUCGAAGUGUUACGACAACAGGAAGCGCUCCUGUUAGAGAUCGUGAUGAACGUCAACGACAGCAGUAUGAAAUGCGUGAACAUAAUCAGCGAGAAACUAUUACAAAAGAAAAACCAGAUUCUGCAGAAGAUAACAAUCGAUUCAAUGUUGCUUUUGGAGGAAGUCCAGAAUCUUCUGUUAACAAUCACGUCAAGCAGAAUACUGGAGGACGUGUAACAACACCACAGCUGGUUCGCAGCUUAUCUGAAUCAUCUAAUCGUAAAAUGAGUGUAUCAAGUGAUGAAAAUCAUCAUAAUGUUGUUCAUCACGCUCAGCAUGCAUCAUCAUCCACGCACAAUUCUGGUAGCAUUGUUACAAUGUCUAGAAAUUAUGGUCGAGAAACCUCAUGGGAUACGGAAGUUGAGAAAGGUUCUUCAGCGUCGUCACCUGCAUCUUUCAGUGGUAGCGAGCGCCCGUUACGAUCUGAUUGCGAACAACCGAAACAGAUAUUGCUUCGAGUAAACGAAGCGGCUUCUCAAAUAUCUGACGUAAUGAAAGAAGAUAAAAUGUCCAGCAAACGGAUAAUGAAGAGUGUCGAUUGUGAAUCAAAUCAGAAGAAUGAAGGAAUUGAAAGAAAUGAACAUGCAGCAAUUGAGAGUGCUACAACAUCACAUAAUAGUAACGCAAAUAGUUUAAUUGUGACAAUGGAUCCUGACGGUAAUAAGGUUGAUAUAGCUGCAGAAAAAUCUAGCAAAGUAUUACACCCAGAAGAAUCAUCCACGUUUUUGGCUGUAGAAACAAGUAUGAAAGAGAAUUUGGAGUCAUGUGUAAAUGAAUGCUCAAAAGAUGCAGCACAUAUGGAUACGCAUCAGUCAAGGCAAUUGCCCGGCACAGAUGAUAAGAAACAAAUUGUAUCCACAGCUCCCGCAGGUGCGUCAUCUCAGCAACAAAGUGGUAAAAAGAAAGGCUUGACUUUGAUAAACCAACACCACUCGCGAGAUAAUCGAAGACAUGAUUCCCGUGGCGGAUCUCGUGGUGGUAGUUACACCGGUGGAUUCCAUCGCGCAGAUGUAACAGGCGGAACUUCUCUUAGAGGCGGAACAAACAAUUGGAACAGAUCUCGCGGUGGAAGUAGAGUUGGUGGCGGAAAUCGUAUCUACAAUCAAGAUUACUGGAGCGAGUCUGAAUUUUCUGAGGAAGGUUAUGAUGAUCAAUCAAAGCAUCAUUUGCAGCAAAAGAUUUACAACCAUUCCAUGAUUGGAAGUACUGUACAGAGUUUGGUAAGCUCAGAUGCGGCUGGGACGGCUUCAAAGGAAGGUUUUGUACCGCGUGGGGAACCAUCACGACGUGGUCGAGGUGGUGGGAAUGUAGGUUCGAAUGUAGCCGUUGCUAGUUCUUCGAAUACGAAUAUUCGUCAGAAGCCACUGCAAGCGCCCUUCUCUGGUUGCGUAUCAUCAAUGGAGGGCACUGUCAUAAGUAAAAAAAUUGAAGGAUAUGGUCCUCCCAAUUCAAAAAGUCCAUUCGGUGGGAGUAUAGGUAAUAGUGAUGAUAGAAAUACAAAACAUCGUGGUGGCGAAAGCUUCAAUAGCAGUACUAGUGCUGGAUCCCCAACAAGGGAUGUUGUUCAAAAAAGUGCAAGAUCGAUUCCUUUCACUGAUGGUAGCAAGGCAACGGAGGAUAUUUCAUCAAUCGAUCAAGAACAAAAAAAUGCGAUAGUAGGAGAAGGAACCCCUGGUGCAACAGAAGUUCGUAACGAUGAAUCUCAUUCGAGAGAGGAUAAUCUUAUAUCUCAAAAGUCAAGUACCAGGUCCUGUGUAACGGAUAAUCGCAUGGAAGCUAGUGAUAUGUGCGAUACCAUUAAAUCUGGAACAAUGGUAGACGAUACGAAGACAAAAACGAAAAGCAUCAUAACACCGAUCACCACGAAAAGUAGUGGUUCUAUAGCAUCGCAGCAACAGUCUAAACACGCAUCCAGUUUACCAGGAACUAUUUAUAGUGGGAAUAGUAGUUCAUUAGAGGGUAAUUCUGCUUUACAAGGCAAUACUACGGUAUCUAAUAUUGGAAAUACUAGAGGAGGUUCCAUCAACCAAUUGGUAACGCGCAAGCAGCAGUCUGUAACGAGAGGACAAGGAGCAAAGGCAUCUAACACUGAUACUAUAACUGAUAUAUCAUCUGGUUCGGGUUCAAAUACCAAUCAAAUGGUUCCAACUUUAAUGAAUACUACCAAUAGUGGAAAUAAAACAGCAGCAACAUUAGUUACACGUUCUUCAACAGUAGUAUCCGCUGAAGGAGAAAGAUCGUGUCACCUACAACAACAGCAAUCGACAACAGAAAAGCUGUCUACGCUUUCCCCAGUAAAUAAUGCCAAGACUGAUAAUGAUAAGCAUAAUCUAGAUGGCAAUACUCCUCCAGUGAAUACGAUAAUAUUUGAAAACACUAACUAUAAAUCAGGCGUAUCCGUUGCUGUGUUGAGUGGAAAUUCUCCGAGCCCGGUAGUUGGUGAUUGCGGAGGAGUUAGCGGAGAUACCACUACAGCUAGUUUGAGACGUCAGCAUAGUGGCAAUAGUGGCACAAAUUUUGGAUCAAAAGUAAACACAGGUUUUAUGAACGACAAAAUGACUACUGGGGCAGCAAGUGUUGUAGGAGCACUAAUGAAUUCACAACAAUCUAUUACAUCCAGCUCCUCAGCUCAUCGUCCGAUAACUACGACAACUGCUACAACAGCAAACGAUGGUGCAUUGCAACAUAACAUCGUGGGUAGUUCUCAAAGAACUUUACUUUCUACUGGUGUUCCAAAACAACAACCAUGCAACAUGAUACCAAGUUCGCUUCAAGGAAUUCCAUUUCAAAAAGGUGAAAACGAUUAUAAGGAUAUUAAAUCAUAUGCUUUUGAGACUGAUCUUAGCCAUUUAAUUGACGGCGACAAAGGCAUUAAAAAACAAUCAUCAGUAUCAGCCGGUUUAUGCUUAACAAAAUCAAUGGAAGCAGAUGGGGGUAAUAGUAACCAUGGUGGAGUAGCUGUGUCUGUGAAAAAUAUGAUUUCUCCUUCAACUGCCGAUUUAAACAUGAAAAUAGCGAGUGUAAAAAAGGUUUGGGAAAUGUCAACUGUACCAGAACAAACCGGAACGGUGGUGAACACUGGAAGCGGAAGUAGUGGUAAUCGUGUCAAUGUUGGAAAUGAACAUACAGUUAGCGGAGGCGGAAACGUUGCCAGUGGUAGCAAUGUUCAUUUGAAAUCAAGCUUCGUAAGAGGUCCACAUCACCCAUCCCAUCAGCCACAGUAUCAACAUCCUCAUCCCGGAGGUACCAAUCACCACACCCACCAGACGCAUGGAACGCAUUCGUCUUAUGGAGCUGCUUUUGGGUCAGAAUCUGAUUCCUUAGUGGACCAUUUCAAUAAUUCCAACAGUGUGUGUAAUGUAUCCGGCUCCGCAGGAUCUAACAGUGGAUGCGACAUUAACUCCACGAUUACUCUCAGUAAUGAAUGCAGUGACAGUUCUAAUGGAGGAUAUAGUCUGAGUCAUCAUCAUUCGCAACAGCAAUCGGCAAAGCCCCAUCAACAGACACACCAGCAACAGCAACAACUGCAGCAGCAACAUCAUCAACAAGAAUUACAGCAUCAACGACAACCACACAACAUUCAGGAAUCAUCUUCGCAGCAGUCUUCGCAACAGCAUGCUCAGCAGCCACAAAAACCGUUACAGCAACACCCGUCACAGCACGCACUACAACAUACACAGCAAUUGCAACGUCAACAGCAACAACAUAAGGAUCAGCCUCAGCAUCUUCAGCAAUUGCAGCAGCUACAUCAACAAUCGCAACCGCAGCAUAAACCGCAAACGCAAUCACAAACUCAACCACAACAGUCACAGUCGCAAACGCAAGCUUCAUCACAAUCACAAACUCAAUCGCAAACACAAACUACCCAAUCGCAACCGCAAACCCAGUCACAAAUGAAGGCACAGCAGCAGCAGCAGCAGCAGUCGCUACAGCAAACACAACAAUUAUCGCAACAAUUGCCACAACAACUCUCUCAGUCUCAACAACAUCCGCAUCAGCAUCAGCAGCAACAUCCGUCACAUAAACAGUCGCAACUUCAACAGCAGUUGCAGCAACAUACAGUACAACAACAUCCGCAGCAAUUGCAGCAAUCGCAUCAUCAACAAUCACUAACAUUGCAACACCAACAACAGACACAACAACAAUCGCAACAACAUGUUACUUCUGUUGGUGUACAGCAGCAUCAAGCAGCAGUAGCCGUGUCUCUGAAUCUAAACAAACAUCCAGUGGCAGAUGUGCUGGCAGCGGCAGUUGCCGCAAACAAUGUAAAUGUUUGCAAGGUAAAACCCACCCAACAAAAUAACAGUGGAGGCAUGCAUCAAUCCAGCAGCAUAGGCCUAUCGCCUCCUCCACAAAUGCAAAGCGGAUCCAUACCUUCUGCUCCACAACCAUUUUUUCCGGCUCAAUAUGGUGUGUCUGCUAUACCUUCACCACCAGCGGUGUUAUAUAAUUCACCUGCAGUCGCUGCAGCUGCUGCCAUGAAUUCACAAGGUGGAUUAUACAAUGCAUUCCAAAUUGAACCAAGCGGUCGUUCACAAUUUUCACAAUUCCCGGGACACUAUGGCACUUCCGGUACUGGUGGUCCAUAUAAUGCGUAUAUGACCACACCAACUAACAUGCAAGCAGGACCUACACCAGAGAUGUUCCAAAGUUUAUCGUCGCAAUUUCGCAUGGGCUCGGUUCAACCGCCAUACAACCAAACAACUCAAAUGGGAAACCCAAACACAAUGCUAAUAUCAUCAAAUAAUAGUUCGUUGAUGUCAUCGUCGGUAAAAUCUACCGCGCAACAGAUCGGUGCUAUCGGGCAACCCAAACCCAACGGUGGUGGAUCGGUUAGCCAACCACCAUACGGUCAACAAUAUCUAAAUAUGUUCCCGCCAGCUCCUCCACUGCAAAAUUCUGCAGCGAAUUACUAUUCAAACUCUGGGGGUAAUCAAACGGCAUUUUUUGGCACAACUGGAGCAACCGGCGCUGCCGCGCAAAAUGCGUACGGUAUACCAGCAGCUGCAGUUGCGUCUAAUAUGUUUGGUAGCCAUGGUGGGCAGAAUCCUCCCAACACUCCACAGCCUCCGCCACCACAGCAGCAGAUGCCCAGCUAUUCUUCGCAGUUCUUAAAUUCGCCACUUUUGGCUGCAACCAAUCCAGCAAUGAGCCAACAACAGUAUCGAGGAGCACCGAAUAAUAGCACGCAACAUUCUGGGGCCAAUGCUGCUGCUUACAUAAAAUCGAACCAAUCGCCACAAUCAUCCCAUAUCCAGCAGCAACAACAGCAACAGCAACAAGAUACUUGGGAACUUCAAAAUCAACUAAUGCAACAUCAACCGCAAAUUUCAAACCUACAACAGUCUGCUCCACCUCAACAGAUACCUUUAUUGUCCACGGGAGCGCCAGCCGGGGGUCAACAAAGUUCCCAAACAAACCCACACUUAUCAAAUCACAGUCGCAAUGUGUUAGCUUUAAACCAAGGAAACAAUCAGUUAGUAGGAUGUGUGAGCAGCACCGCUGGAAAUGGGAGUCUCGUUGUUAGUGGUGGAGGAAACGGAAACACAGGCACUAGCUCGAUACGUGCUCAAGAGUCGGGAGUUUCUGGCACGCGGUAUCCGUCUCCAAUUCAAAGACCUACAAGUUUCGCACAUGCGCAAAGCGUAGGUAUACAGCAUCAUCAGCAAAGGAGUAAUCGUCCGAUCGGGUAUGGUCAGCAGAACGUCGGAAAUAAUGCAGGUCAUCAAACUGGUGGUGUAGGUGGGCCAUCGAACGUUGCACCAGGUGUAAUUAAUUCUAACAAACAUUUUUACGGUGGAAAUCGUAGUUAAACAACAAGAUAAGAUAUAUAAAAUAUGUUAUUUAGCUUUUCUCGAGAUCCAAACAUAAUACAUUAGACGAUCGCAGUGAUUUUUUUUCAGAAUUUGUGAAAUACACAAGAAUGGCAGUUAUUCGAUCGAGUACCGAGUAUGAAUUAGCAUAAUAGUUUUGAAAAAGAUUGACAAGUCAUAGACUUUUUAUUUAUAUUAUAUUCUUCAACAAGAAGAUCUGAAACGCGUUUUAAUUUUAGCGAAUACCUAGUUUAGAUUUUUACUACUUACGUCUAUCGCUAAACAACAUAACCAUUGACGGAAAUUUAUAAAUGGGGUGGUGAUGCAGCUGGUUCGUACACUUGUAUUAGUGAGUUGCAACAGAAUUUCAUUGUAAGGUGGUAAAUAAUAGGGAAAAUUCUAAACAUAGACGAAACAUUCGUUAACAACUUUGAACUGGUAAGGGCAUCAUUGUAUGAUUAUAAUAUAACACGUUAAUUUGGAUCUAGAAUACGGCAUUGAAUGGAAAUGCAAGUGUGGCAUCAAAGCCUAUGCUUCGAGGAAUGUCCGGAAACAGUUAUCUCUAAUUUAGAAUCCUAUACAGAUAUUCAACAAUGCUUCGAAAAACAUUAUUCAUCCAUAACUGCAUACUGUCCAGGAGUGUUGUACGCCGAUGACCGAGCAACAUAAUAUUUUUUUGCCAAAUUUAACGCAAAAGGCACACGUAGAGUAUACAAAAAAAACCCUUUUUGAUGAACAUCAGUGAUAUCGACAGCUUACAAUUGGAAAUGUUCAAAUGCAAGAUAAGUGAAUAGUUUUGCAUCAGCAUUCAACAACUCCACACAAAAAUACGGUAGUGUAUGUGAACCAUAGAUGGAGUGAUGCAUUUUAGUGGAAUCAUCGAGCACUGUUAAAUAUAUUACCACUGGUCGAUUAUGCUUUUCUUAUUGCCUAUGCUACCACGGCGUAGAAAAUAAUUCUUUAUAUUGAACUAAAUCACGGCGAGAUAUCUUAAGAUGUAGAAGAAGCAAAGCCUAGCGUUAUGUUUAGUAAUUAUCUAUUAAAUAAUAAUAAAUACACAUUGCAAUGAUGCAAAAUAUGACACGCGUGUCAAAUGGUGCAUGGUGUUACUGAGUGUGACAAACAUCAAGAUAUUCUUAUUCUUAUCAAAUUCAAAAUGCUCGCACCAUUAUGUUAUUGCACAGAUAAAAGGUGUGUGUAUGAAAAAAUAGCAGUUUGCAGUAAUUUUACUACAAUUUUCAUUAUGUGAAAUAAUUUUUGUGUGCAUAAUGGAGAGGGAUGUGGCACAAUUGCUCGAAUUGACGAUACCAUUCAAGCAGAUCCCUGUCGACAGUAAAAAUAGUUACGAAAUGAAUAAAGACAAACACAGAGAAAAAGAGAGAGAGAGAAAUAGAGAGAGAGAGAGAGAGAGAGAGAGAUAGAAAGAGAGAGAUAGAGAGAAAGAGAGAGACCCACAAAGUUAUACAGCGAUAUCUCCAAGCAAUUACAUACCAGAAAGUCAGAAAUAUAUGAAUGAAUAUCAUAAAACAUAGUGAAUCACUCUUUAUAAUGCCGUUUUGAUUAAUGAAUG